GCGGACUUUGACCGCGUGCCCAAUCUUGCACUCUUCACGCCCGGCUGCGCCGAGCUUGAUUUUCCAUCCCAGGCCCGCGUGUCCAGGGAGGCGCGCGUCGGCAGUUCCAGACACAGGCGGUCUCUGGGCAUGCACUCCAGCUCCACGUCAGUGCGGAUCGCAGCCCUCGGCGAACUAGGCGUGAUAUUCAAACGCGACGACUUCGCCGGCUCCUCUCGACUCUCCGACGCCCUACCCAACGCCGACACUCGUCCGUACAAGCAGAAGGGGCGCAUCACCAGCGGCG